UUACGGUAAGCAUGGAAGCGAAUGCUUCUGCCGACGAGUACGAACAUAUUGUAGCGGACGUUAUGUACAUAAUAAAUAAUAUACCAGGGCCUGGGAUAGAUAUAGCAGACUUUGAAGCAGAAUACGCUGUAGGCUGUUCGUGUGUAGCUGAAUGUUUUAAUUGCUCGUGUACACGCGGUUCUGCUAAUUAUUCUAAUGCUCGAAUUGUCGAUGAGAAAUUAAUCGGUCCGGUAUUUGAAUGCCAUGCUCAUUGUAAAUGUAGACCAGAUUGUGGAAAUAGAUUAGUACAGAAUGGUCCGUUAAAUUGUUUAAUUGUCAGAGAAGUUGCCAAUAAAGGUCUCGGUCUUUUCACGAAUAAGUUAAUAAAAAAAGGUCAAUUUAUUUGCGAAUACGCUGGCGAAGUGAUAAGUCUGCAGGAAGCGCGAUGCAGAAUUGAGGCUAAUAAGCAGGGUAACAUGAUGAAUUACGUUCUUGUAGUAUCAGAACAUGCUGGAGAUCGUGUUAUUGUAACUUGUAUAGAUCCGAAAUAUUUUGGUAAUAUUGGACGCUAUGCUAAUCAUAGCUGUGACCCGAACUCUAUCCUUAUCCCGAUUAGAGUAGAGGGAAUCGUGCCUCGAUUAUGCUUGUUUGCAUCUAAAGAUAUAGAGAACAGAGAGGAAGUGACUUUUGACUAUGCUGGUGGUGCAAUGGUUAAUUCCGUCCAUUAUCUCAGUGAUACUUCUUGUCUUUGUGGUUCUGGCAAUUGUCAUCGUUAUUUACCACAUAAUCAGAUUUAACAACAUGAGAUAUUCUUGUGCGAUAUAUUGUAAUAAUAUAAAGGUUAUAGAUUUCAUUACAGAUUUAAAAUUAACACAAGAAUUUGGUAUAAACUAUAAAUUGAUCAUAAGCUAGAAAAAAAAUUAUAUA